AAGAUUCAAAGGUUAAAGGAUCUGCGUAGCGACCUGCCGCUGCCUCCCAAGUGGUCUUCACUUGUUUCCUAACCGCCGUCGAGACGACAUGGACUGCAGCAUUAUCACUUCCAAGACGGUCCUUCUGUUCAUCAGCCUUGUCUUCUGGGCUGCGGGUGCUGGCCUGGCCUAUGUUGGUGCCCAGGUAUUGAAUAGCUUUGGCACUUAUGACAGCUUCGUCGAGGACGAGCAUCAUUAUGCCCUUAUCCCGGCUGUCGUCAUCAUUAGCAUCAGCACCUUGAUGUUUGCUUUUGGCCUGCUGGGAUGCUUCGCCACCAUUCGAGAGUCCAAAGUGGGGUUGAGCUUUUUUUUUCUGAUCAUAAUGGUGAUGUUUGCAGCUGAAGUGGCUGUUUUGGCGCUGAGCCUGAUCUACCAAGGCAAGAUAAACGGUCAGCUGGAGAAUUCUUUGACUAAGGCCUUCUCAAAGUUUGGCGAGGAGGGCGCCGACACCUCAACUGUGGACAACUUGCAGACCCAGUUGCACUGUUGUGGCGUAAGGAACUACACCAGCUGGUUCAACACGACUUGGUAUCAAAGCCACAAUGGCACAGUGCCCAAGUCCUGCUGUAAAAAUGACAGCAUAUCGUGUACUGGCAGGUUGGACCAAUUAGACAUGCUCAAUUUAGAGGGUUGUGAAGUCAAGCUGGAGACCUUGCUAAAGCACGUGCUGAGAUACGCCAUGCUCGUUGUUCUGGGCUUUGCUAUCAUCAAGUUCUUUGGGAUGCUGAGCGUUUGUGUGAUUGCGUGUAGAAGUGGCGGCCGCAGGAGUGGUUACCAGCCUCUUUAUGCCUGACGGGGGAAAAAAAAAACUUUCACUUCGCCUCAUGUUUAAGUUUUACUGAUUUUGCAUGGGCGUGGUUAACUAAUGUCAAAUGUGUCAAAAGCAGUCAAGUAAGAAUGUCACUGUCAUUUUAUUGAAUUUGGCUGGACUUCCCUAUAUUGCAGCAAGUAUUCACUUCUGUUUUCAUUUGCACUGCCUUGAACUCACUACUGGGACUUUUUAACAGCUACUCAUGGAUUCAAGUUGCCUUUCCUUCUGUUACUCAGAUUUUUAGUCGACUAAAUGAAUCGGAAUCCACCGUGACAAUGCCUUAUUUCAGGUUGUUCUAGCACUAUUGAGUCAACUACAUUAGCUUUCUUUAAUUAGCAGGCCAUUUUUACGAGUUCUGUGUUAAUUAUAAUGGCGCUACAUGAUUAUGUUGUCUUUCCAAAAUAAAGUAUUUCACAUUAA